UUUAUUUUGACAGGAUAAUGUCUCGCUUUUCAUGCAAGAUAAAAUAUUGUUAACUGCGAACAUAAAAUUUGUGUGAGAGCGUAUUUCUUCCUUUUUAUGAUAUUAAAAUGCCGUAGUUAUCGGGGACGGCUUGCAAAAACAUGUAUGACAGCACAUGCGGUGCCGCUGCAAGCGGUCAGUGCGGCAAGGCGCAGCCCGAUGGAGACGGACCUCCACCACGAGAUCCGCCACCGGCACCUCUUGAGCGUGACUACAGCGGGUUCGACAUAGUUAAGGCGACCCAGUACGGAGCGUUCGCCCGUGUGAAGGAGCUCGUCGAAGCAGGCUGGGAUGUUAACCAGCCGGACCGUGAAACUGUGACGCUGCUGCAUUGGGCGGCGAUUAAUAACCGGCGUGAAAUCAUCCAAUACUUGUUAGCGAAGGGCGCCGUAGUAGACGCUGUCGGUGGAGAGCUCCAGUCGACACCAUUGCACUGGGCGACUCGCCAGGGUCAUCUCGAAGCAACAGUAUUGCUCGUGCGAGCUGGCGCUGACCCAAAUCUACGCGAUGCAGAAGGCUGCGCAUGCCUUCACCUGGCAGCACAAUUUGGCCAUACGGCAGUAGUUGCAUACUUGGUGGCGCGCGGUGUAUCGCCCGACGCCCCAGACGCAGGUGGCAUGACGCCAUUGAUGUGGUCCUGUUGGAAAGUGUCAGCAGUAGAUCCCACUCGUCUACUACUCACACUCGGAGCCUCCACACGACCCACCGAUCGUUCACACGGCAAUACCGCCCUACAUUGGGCUAUUUUGGCACGCAACACCACUGCUAUAUCAACAUUACUGCUUUAUGGUGACGCAAGCCUCGAUAUACCCAAUCUGCGCGGCGUAACGCCACUGAGCAUGCUGCAAGGAUCUGCAGAAGCACUGUGGGUUGGCUCCAAAGUGGCUGACAAGAUCAAGGAACACACAUUAACUACCACCAAGAGAAACCUCUUCCGAAGAUUGGCUUAUGAUAAAAAGUUCCGAUGGUGGUGUGUGGUGGUGAUGCCAUUCAUAGCGUUCUACUUAACGGGGCUCGUGCUGGAGUUGGAGGCGCCGUAUUUGCUAAAAGGUUUCCUGCUGGUGUGUUUCUAUGCGGCGCUGCAUUUCGUGUCCAAUCUGCUGUUCGAUGAUGAGCUCAAAAACAUAUUCCCUCUCAGCGUGUACCUCGCAACAAAGGCGUGGUUCUACAUAACGUGGGCGGUAUUGGUGUGGCCGGUAGUGGGAUUGGGUGCGUCUUUACUGUUCGUGGGCAGCUCGCUACUGCUGUGGCACACGUUCCUGCGUUCGUGGCGUUCCGACCCUGGUGUUAUCACCGCCUCCAAACAGGACAAGUUCCGCACUAUAAUAGAGCUGUCCGAGUCUUCGCGGGGCGGAUUCGAGCCGUCUCGGUUCUGCUCGGCGUGCUUGGUGCGGCGGCCAUUACGCUCCAAACACUGUUCCGUCUGUAACCGCUGCGUUGCAAGAUUCGAUCACCACUGCCCUUGGGUCGGCAACUGUAUCGGUGCGCGCAACCAUCGGUACUUCAUCGGGUUCCUCGUCAGUUUGGUGGUGAUGUGCUGCUGGAUGCUGUGGGGUGCUGCUCAGUUCUUCCGGUCGGAGUGCGAGGGCGCGGGUGCUGGGGGAGAGGGGGAGGUCAUAGAGGUACCCCUGCGGUGGGCGCGGUGUAACGCCUGGCUCGCGUGGGUCGCCACCAACGCCGCCUUCCAUCUAUUCUGGGUCACCGUGCUGCUAUGCUGUCAAUUGUACCUGGUGGUAUGUCUCGGCAUGACUACUAACGAGCAGUUGAAUCGGGGCCGGUAUAGACAUUUCCAAGCGCGCGGUGGACGAUCGCCUUUCACGCGCGGACCUAUCAACAACUGCGCGGACUUCUUCCAAUGCCGACUAUGUGGUUUACUGGCCCCGAGACCGCCCGACUGGCCGCCGCCCGACGACCGGGACCGGGACCAAGACCGGGACCGGGACCAAGACUUGGACCGCGACGACACCGCGCCCAUGCUGCCCCGCGACCACCACUACGUUUGAGGCGCACCGCCAGAUGUCUUGAUUUCCCGCCGGUACAACGGGCUGAUGCCUGGUUUUUAAAGAAAAUCUUUUUAGAAUUCGAGACGAAUAUUCUCGUCGAUAGUUUUCGCAUCGAUAUAUUAUUAUUUAUUAUUUCUUUAGGGACGAGGUGUCGUCCCUUGCGAAAUUCGAGUCUACGUUUUGCAAUAAUUAUACGUGUAAUAACUACUUUUUCUGUGGAAUCAGGAGGAAACGGAAUUUUCCCUUUCCCAUAUAAUGAGUAACUAAUAUUCCAGUUAUUCGUAGUCUUGUUUUAUUCCUAUUGGACACUGGACGCUUAGUGAUACAAUUUUCGUUUGCAGAGUUCUCAUGGAUAUUACGUACC